CAUUUUCCUGUCUGAAGAGCAACAACAGAAGUGACAGCAUUGUUGAACAUCGCUCGAUUUGCCGAAAUGGCAGUGUAAAAGUGAGCCGCGACCCAGCCGCCAACAAAACAGUGCAUCCAGCCAGUGCACUGAGUCACUUCUAAUUCAGCAAACAUGUCGUCCUACGUGGAAACCCUCGCCACUGCUGCUUUCGACAGCAUAAAAGAGUUCGAAGCUUACCUAGCAUCGUCACGCACUCCCUUUGUGACCAACAACAGCCAUUAUGACCAUGAUGAUGACAAGCUCACAGUUUGGCCUGGAAGACAUGGAGGCCCUGCUCUGGGGUCCUUCCUCUCCCAUGGCUGACGCCGUGGACUUCCUGUCUGUUCGCCCUGACCAAGAAGAAAAACAGGAAGGAGGAGGAAUCUCACUUGAGGGGGACACUUCGCCCGCGUCGCCCCUCACCUCCUCAUCGCUGUCUUCUUCCUCCUCUCCUCCUCCCUUCUACUCUCCUCCUCCCUCACCACCGGCUGUCCUCCUGCAGGGGGACAAGGUCGGGACUGAGUCUGAACUGCUCUCCCUCCCCUGGUUGGACCACCCUGGUCAGCUGAGACAGGCAGUCUCAGCUGACAAUAAAGAGGAUAUGUUCAGUGACCUGGACUGGAUGGCUGAGAGGGUGGAUCUGAGCGAGUUCGACCUGGACUCUCUGAUUGGCUCCUGCAGUCCUACUGAAGAGUCCCCUGGCUCUCCAGAAGACCUCCUCGCCUCCCUGGAUUGCCCCAUGGAACUCGACUCUCUCCCAAUGCCCACCCUCUCCACUCCUGCUCUCCCCCUUCCUCUUUCCUCUCUUCCUGCUGAGCCUUCUGUCAUCACAGUGGAUGAGCCUGACUCCUACAUCGAUGAGCAGGAUGUCCCCUCCCCUCCUCUGUGCGUCCCAGAGCCACAAGAGGAGCUGGAAAUCAAGUCUGAGCCUGCCUCUCCUGACCCGUCCUCCCCCUUGGUCGAUUCUCCCUCCUCCCCAGCCUACACCCUGGACCUGGGCAGUGAAGUGGAUGUCUCUGAGAGCGAGGUGAAGCCGAUGGUGGCUCCUGUCAUCCCUCAGGUCCAGAGGCUUGUACUCUCCCUCUCUCCAACCCGCAUUGUCCUCGUGCUGGCCCCCAAAGAGGAAGUUGCAAUCACCACCACCACUGUAACCACCACACCAGAGGUCAGUCACUCGCCUGCUGCAGCGAGGUCCUGCAGAAGCAGACCAUACCCUGAGCCUUCAUAUAAAGCCAGUCCACCCUCUCCCAGCGCCACCAGUGUCAAAGUAAAGCCCCUAAGAGGUGCUGCUGGAGAAGAGAGGGGCACAAAGACCAAGAAACUGAAGAAGAUGGAGCAGAAUAAGACGGCUGCCACACGUUACCGUCAAAAAAAGAAAACUGAGCAGGAGGCACUGCUUGAAGAGCAUGCGCAGCUGGAAAGGAAGAACAUGGAGCUGACAGAGAAGGCUGAAUCCAUGGCCAGGGAGAUAGAGUACCUGAAAGAGCUGAUGGAGGAGGUUCAGCAGGCCAGGAGCAAAAAAGGGCAUAGUGCUGUCCCCUAGUGGUUGGACCCAACAAUGACAGAUGAAGCAUGUCAUCAGAGGUGAUAGUGAGAUUGUGGGCUCAGCUGAUUUUAUUCCAUGCAAACAAGUAUCAGAAAAAUGUGUUAUGUCCUCACCGCAUGUUUUUAGAUGCAAAGUCCUGAAAACCUGACAUUGGUUAGAACAUGUCCUAUUUUAAUACUGAACACUGGUAUGAACUAUAGAAUCCUAUUGUCACAUUUAGAGUAUUUUCCACUCAGUAUGUAAACUUGUGUGAUAUGUUGUAUGUUUGUAUUUUUUUUUCUAUCACUGGACCUCAUAAACUUUCCAGUAGCAUGUCUUUUGUAAUAUUUUAACAUUUGUGUAUUCUAGUAUACCCGGACCAUCUGUAUUAUGAAUCUCUUAAUAAAGAGUCUUAUCUAAAGCCGA